CCAUCUCUUUGAGAAGGAUUAUAUGUACCUUGAAUUAUUCGUUUUAAGAAUUAAAAAUGAUAAAAGCUAUACUAGUAUUUAACAAUCAUGGGAAGCCUCGGUUAUCAAAAUUUUAUCAAUAUUUUGAUGAAAACCUUCAACAACAAAUCAUUAAAGAGACGUUCCAAUUAGUAUCAAAGCGGGACGAUAACGUUUGCAAUUUCCUGGAAGGCGGCAGCUUGAUAGGCGGCUCAGAUUACAAGCUAAUAUACCGCCAUUAUGCAACACUGUACUUUGUAUUUUGUGUUGACUCCUCGGAGAGUGAGCUUGGUAUACUUGAUUUGAUACAAGUAUUCGUCGAAACCUUGGAUAAGUGUUUCGAAAACGUGUGUGAGCUGGAUUUAAUAUUUCAUGCUGAUGCCGUUCAUCAUAUUCUGUCAGAGCUGGUUAUGGGCGGAAUGGUACUACAAACUAAUAUGAACGAUAUAAUAACCAGGAUUGAAGACCAAAAUAGGUUGAUUAAACAAGAAUCAGGAAUAUCUGCAGCACCAGCUCGUGCUGUAAGCGUUGUAAAAAGCAUGAACAUUCCACAACAAAUUAAGGACAUGAAACUGCCAGAUUUACCACAGGCUAUAAAGGACCUAAAAUUUUGAUAUGAUAAAUAAACACAUGGUCCGAUCUCCGCUGCAACUGUUAUUAUUAAAUAGGUAAUUUUAAGUACUAAAGAUAGUAUCUGAAUUUAAUAUUGUACAUGUAAAAUUGAGUAAAACACUCUUUAUUUUAUAUUUAAGUAUUGUUAUUCAUUUUCAAUUAAUGUUAAUGAAUGGCCUUGAAGAAUGUUAAUAUAUCCAGGUUUGGAUAUAUUAGGCCCGUAUUAAGUUGGGGUGCGAGUGUGAAUUAAUGCUACCAGCUACCAGACCAGUCCAAUCGACUUUUUGACGUCGAUUCUAUAGUUUAAAAAAUGGAACGCAAUUUUCCUUUUCUUAGUCUUCGGUAAAGUUUGCAAAUGAAAAUGCAAAUACUAAUUCAGACAUAACCGCUCUGUUUGAAGGCUUUGUUUUUAAGGCUUAGCUUUGAGGUGCACUUGGAAAUGGGUCAUUAGCAAGUAUGCAAGCAAAGACAAUAUUAACACUAAGAUGAUACAAAAUAUAAAAUAAGAUGAUACAAAUCCAAAGUCAUCAGGCUUUUCGCCCACCAAUGCUAGACGAUGGCGACACAGACGUUACGUUUUUAAAGUACUUUAAACGAAAAAGUUUUGAGUCGAACGAAGCUUAGUAAUUUUUUUUGAUCCGUGGUAUUCAAGUUCUAUAUGAAUGAUAUUUACCUUACAUACUAUAGCUUGAUUGUAAAGACAAUUUUGCAAAUAUUUAAUUUUUAUCACGUAAUAAUAAUGAACAAUAAUUAUCUUCAUACCAUAGUCCACGUAAAUUGCCUACUUUUAUUUUUGCACAGCUUACGCUGGAGAGAAGUUAUUGUCGCAGUCAAUGGCGAACAAGAACCUAUGUAUUGAAGUGAAAAUUUUGCAUGCAUGAGUACCAAAAAAGAAAAAAAAAUAUAUAUAUAUAUUAUUCACUGAAGUGGCUUUUGCAGCCGUAAAAUUAAUUUUGUUAGUUUUCUGUAUUCUGCAUUCACAAAUGUAAGUUGUGUAUUGAGGUUGGCUGCAGGAGUCUCGUUUGGAGCAAAUUUACACAUUUUUGAAAAAUGUGUAAAAUGUGUUUUGUCAUGGGAAAACUUACAGGUCGCAUUUUACACAUUUUGCAACAAUGUGACAUAUUCAAAAAUGUAUAAUAAAUGUGGGCAGUGGACGAGGCUAUUACAUUCACCGAGACACGCGUAUAAUUAAACACAUUUUUAAAUUUUUAACUUAUAUGUUAUACAUAUAUAAACUUGUGCCGAACAAUAAAAAUCUUAAGUGGUCUAACGAAAAUUGAAAAAUACUAAGAUAAAAACA